AUGGUCUCAAAGUCCUUCAUCUUGACGAUAUUCCUCGUCGUCGCAGUGCAAGCCGAUGUUUUCGACCAGUUGACUCAAGAGACCCGCAAAAUCAUCAACGAAUCCCUGAUUCCGGGCGCCGAAAUUCGCCAAUGCACUUGCGAGGAGCAGUCCGAGUGCGUGAAAGAGAUGAAGGACCAGGCCAUGGGAUGUGUGGAUACCUGUUGGAGUAAAUUUAACGCCAUUUCGAAGAAGCCGGACGAGCUGAGGAAGUGCUUCAGCGACAAGGAUGACAUGCUGGCAACUUUGUUGGACUGCUUCGAACACAAUGCGGAUUCGUAAGUUCCGUGGUUUGAUAUGAAAAUGCGAUAGGAUAGGGGUGUAGAGGGUAGUGUAACUGCUUUGAUUUUUGAGUUGCAAGUGUUCGAAAAUGAGGUUUUUUGUAAAAAUGGCUGGUAAAGACUAGGAUGACUAAAAAAGAGGAGUGCGCGAAGAUGACAGCGCAGAUUUCCUUGAAAAUUGGCACAAACAAUCUCUAUAGACUCUAUAUCGACUACUUAAAAUCUUAGCUCGCCCGUUGCAGAAGUCGCUGAAAUAUUCAGCGAUCCUUGCAUAUGGGAAAAAAUGAAGGGAGUCGGUUGUAAAAAAAGCAUUUUUUGACUGUAUUUAUUUCUCAUCGCUACGACUUUUCGGUUCAGCGGCUGUUCGGUUCAACGAUACAAUUAAUCUUGUUGGUUUGUAGUUGUAUGAAUAUGGGAGACUAGGGGAAGCCUUAAUUAGUAGAAAUAAUAAGAUUUAUCGGGUCCUAGGAUAGCUUAUCACCUAGUUUGAUGUAUUUUACAUGUACUCACAUCAAUAAUAUCUAGAUAAAAGUUACGGGUAUUCACUUUUUUGCCGCAAAUUUUGGUCUUUUAUGUGUUACGGUAACUCAGGGUGAAGACAACUAACGUUAGAAAUAGCAAGAAUUAGAAAAAUUGGACAUGUUGAAAGUCUUCGCCGAGCCUUCGCCAGGUCUCCGUCGACCAUCAAAAACAAAAAGAAAUGUUUUUUCAGGCCUUAUAGGCACUUUUUAAAACCUUUUUUUGGGUGUUCACGUGGCUUAUGCCCCGUAUCGAUCGAUUUUGUGAUGACCCAAACUGUCGCCGACCCGAAAAGUCGGGCACGUAGAGUGGGGGAUCUGAUCCUGAUCCGGUGGCAAAAAACAUACCACUUUGCAUCCGGGAAGUAUCAAAAAUGUGGCAAAAUGCUUCCAUCUCGAAGUAAAAAAACUCCGGUUUCAAAAGCGCGCCCGCCCUUUUUUUGAGGGAGCCCUUCAAAAGGAAGCUUUUUCACUUGGAGAGAGAGGCAUUUUGCCACAUUUUUUGACGCUUUCCGGAUCCAAAAUGGCACGUUUUUUGAAGGACGCGGCCUUUCCCUCACAGAAAGACUGUAUUUUCUCCACAAAAUUUACAUCUUUUCAGCUGCCUCGCCAAGCAUGAGGACAAGAAGAUCCAGCCGGUCGACAUUGACAAGAUGUUCACUUUGGGCGUGGAGCGAAUCAACAAGACCUCCUCCAAGAUGACCAAGACCCUGUCCAACUCGAUCAAAAAGAUUGUCGACACGAUCGGAGAGUUUGGGCUUUGCGUGAAGGACUGUUUCAUCGCGAAAAACAAGCCCGAUGGCUUCUGCUUCGACAAGAAACAAUGCCAGCCGCUGAUUGCGGACAAGAAGACGAGAAAAUCGCUGAAGACCUGCACCAAGAAGAUUGACUUCAAGAAGGAGGCCGGCGAAUUGUGCGAAUGCACUGUGAAGGCGGGUCUGAAGUGAGUUGCAAUUUACGGAAGCGGGCCCUUUCGGGGUGGGCCCUUUCGGGGUGGGGCCUUCCGGGGUGGGCCCUUUCGGGCUGGGGCCUUCCGGGGUGGGCCUUUUCGGGGUGGGCCCUUUCGGGGUGGGCUUUUUGGGGUCGCCCUUCCUGGGUCAUGGCAUAUACUGGGGUUUCCGGGUCCCGGAGCAUAAAUAAUUAUAUUUUUUUGAAACUAUUGAUUAAUUUUAUGACGUAAUCUCGUAAAAUUUUUGAAAAAAUGAUAAAACAAACACCGAGAUUGAAAAAAUGGUAAAAAUGGCGAGUAGCCCAAGUUGCGACGCUCAGAUUUUGAUGAAACUUGGCACAAAUUUAGAAUGGUUUUUUCGAAGAUAUAUGCGAGAUUCUUGGCUCGCGCUUUGCAGAAACAACCGAGAUUUUUAGACCGAAAGUCGGCGAAAUUUUGGGACUUUUUUUCGAAUUUUGACACGAAAAGUUCCAUAUCUAUUCCUACCGUAAAGGGUAAUGCUUCCACAAAAAAUUAUUUUUUUCCGCGCGAAACUAGCAAAGUUAUGGCCAAAAAAUGUUUUUCUCUGUGGAAAACGCGUGUGCAAAAUUUAAAGAAAAUCUGAGCGUCGCUGCGUACUUCUUUUGUUAGUUUAGUGGUAUUUAUCACUUUUAAAAUCAUUUUUAACAACUUUCCCGCACUCUGCGACAAAAUUUUUAUCCCGCCGCACAGUGCGGUAAAAUUUGGAAAAUGCGCACAGUGCAGUUUGAAAAGAAUUUUUGAUCAUAACUACUGUAACAAAAGGUCUAAUCUCCUAAAAAAUUUUUGAAUAUGCUGAGAAAGACGUCGUAUUUCAUUGUCAAAAACAAUUUUUACAUUGCUUUUAUCUUCCACCGCACAGUGCAUUAAAAACGAAAAGUCAUCGCACAGUGCGAAAGUCCAAAAAGUCACUGCACAGUGCAGUUUUUUGAAAAAAAUAAUAUACUUUUUUUUGCACUGUGCAAUUCAAAAAAAAAAUUUUUUUCAAUUUUUAUGUCACAAUUACAAUUAAAAAUUAUUUUUUUUCAGUGAGCUCUCUCAAUAUUGCCCCAUGCUGAAGCUGAUUGGCCAACGUGGAGGGCGCAAAGGAUAA